GCUGACUUUGAAUAUGACUGGUUCAGAGAACUCAGUUUAAACUCUAACCAGAAGACCGCAGUAGCUGGUGAAUCAAAGAGAGAACUGGUGACCUCUAAAGGCGGCAUCUACACCUGCAGAGGACGUAUAAAAGGGACAAAUUCAGUCACAGUACAAAGUGAUCGAGUCAUCAUUCAGGAAACUGCAAAUACGCCCAGGGCCACACUGACAGCAGGAACAACAAUCAUACCAGUAGGGGGCAGUGUGACACUGACCUGCUCUGUGCAGAGCUCUGAUGGAUGGAAAUAUGAGUGGUUCAGACGAACCCAAAGAACCUCUGAAGGUCAAAUCAGAGAUCAACAAAACAGAGAUAUCAGAGUAUCUCAAGGAGGAAUCUACAGCUGCAAAGGAACAAGAGGAAACCCAGUUUACUACACUCUUAUAAGUUAUGAUGUCACCAUUGAGAUAACCUUUUCCAAUAAAGUUGUUGUAAAACAACAACCCAACUGGCCUCAGAUAUUCAGAGGUGAGACGAUCACUCUGACAUGUGAGGUGCAGGAAGGAGGUGAAACCACUGAGUGGGAGUAUGAAUGGAGAGGACCCAGGACACCCACACAGUGGACACACAAUAAUGAUGUGACAUUCAGAGUUUCUGAGUCCAGCAGUGGAGACUACAUGUGUAAGAGUCGACGCAGAGAUGACUCAUAUUCUUCAACAGAGUGGAGUGAAGCCUUCACAUUGUCAGUAUCAACAGAUAAACCAAAGGCCAAACUGAGAGCUGAUAACACAACUGUUCCAGUAGGGGGCAGUGUGACCCUGACCUGCUCAGUGAACCCAUCAUCAUCAUCUGGAUGGAAAUACUACUGGUACAGAGAUAAUACCACAGUGGAUGUUGUCUCCCCAUCAAAUGGACAAAUCAGUGUCUCACAGGAAGGACUCUACAGGUGCAGAGGAGGAAGAGGAAACCCAGUUUACUACACAGAGGACAGCCAAGAAGUUCACAUUAACACAACUGUAACUGUGUCAGGAGCUGACAGCUCUUCAUCUCCUGUGUGGUUGAUGGUUGGACUGGUUUGUGGAGUCUCUCUCAUUAUUAUUCUCCUGCUCUUGUUGUAUCGCUGCAGACAGUCCAAGUAUUCCUGCUUCACCAGGUGGAUCCAAUCUGAGAGUCACAGUCCGGGCUCCUCCACAAAUCAUGGAGUCAACCAGAAUGAAACUCAUGAAUACAACUCUCUUCAUCCUGGUGCAGAUGAACCCCGAGACGUCACAUACUCUGUUAUUACACUUCAAAACCUUAGAAAGAAGAGGAAGCAUCAUAAACCAGAGCAGAGUGCUGUUUACUCUGAGGUGAAGACGGGAGCUGCAGAGGACAGUCUGAUGUAUGCUGAGGUCAAACAGCCCAAAAAAGAAAAAGCCAAGAAAAACAAAGGAAAAUCAAGUCCUGCAGCUGAUGCAGCAGUUUAUUCUGAAGUCACAUCAGGAAGCUCUCUCAGUCAGUGAGGAGAGCUGUAGCAGCAAAGCCAAGAAGAAGCUUUUUAUGAAGCCACUCUUGCUCCUCUGCUCCCCAAAUA